UGACGCUGCUGACGCUGCUCCUCCGCCAUCUUCAACUUCCUAUUGUUUGCAUCAGACUGAGGCUGUCUGCGGUGUGUGUGUGAGAGCAGAAGCGGCCGCCGAUUUAUCACAAAAUAGUAGAUAUACCCCUUUACGUUUGCGGUCGCUCAAGUUAAGCACAAGCCAUUUGUAUGUCAUUGGAUUAAAGAGCUCUCAGGACGCGACCACUAAAACCUUGACGAUGGACGACGAUCAACCCAGAACCUUGUAUGUUGGGAAUCUGUCCAGGGAUGUCACCGAGCCCCUCAUCCUGCAGGUCUUCACACAGAUAGGACCUUGCAAGAGCUGUAAAAUGAUAGUAGAUACGGCUGGAAAUGAUCCGUACUGCUUUGUGGAGUUCUAUGACCACAGGCAUGCUGCUGCCUCAUUGGCAGCAAUGAAUGGAAGGAAAAUAAUGGGUAAGGAGGUCAAAGUCAACUGGGCCACGACGCCAACCAGCCAGAAAAAAGACACAAGUAAUCACUUUCAUGUCUUCGUUGGAGACCUCAGCCCAGAAAUUACUACAGAUGACGUCAAAGCUGCCUUCGGUCCAUUUGGCAGGAUAUCAGAUGCUCGUGUUGUGAAAGAUAUGGCUACAGGGAAAUCUAAAGGCUACGGCUUUGUGUCUUUCUUCAACAAAUGGGAUGCAGAGAACGCCAUUCAGCAGAUGGGUGGUCAGUGGUUAGGAGGCAGACAGAUCCGGACUAAUUGGGCCACAAGAAAGCCCCCCGCCCCUAAGGCCACCUAUGAAACAGAUAACUCCAAGCACCUAUCCUUCGAAGAAGUAGUGAAUCAGUCCAGCCCCAGUAACUGCACUGUGUACUGUGGCGGAGUCAGCACAGGACUGACAGAACAACUGAUGAGACAAACUUUUUCCGCCUUCGGCCCAAUCAUGGAAAUCAGAGUUUUCCCAGACAAAGGUUAUUCAUUUGUGAGGUUUAACUCCCAUGAGUCAGCAGCCCAUGCCAUUGUGUCAGUGAACGGCACCUCAAUAGAGGGCCACAUGGUCAAAUGCUACUGGGGGAAAGAGACCCCGGACAUGAUGAGCCCCAUGCAGCAGAUGCCCAUCCCCCAGCAGAACAAGAUGAGCUUCCCUGCGGCCGCCCAGCCCUACGGCCAGUGGGGCCAGUGGUACGGCAACGGGCCCCAGAUCAGCCAGUACGUGCCCAACGGGUGGCAGGUCCCCGCCUACGGCGUCUACGGCCAGGCCUGGAACCAGCAGGGCUUCAAGCCUGGGGACGGGUGUGACGAAGAUUAAUUUCCCCUUUUGUACGAUUGCCUACUGUGUGUAAGGACUGUGUUCUUUAAGGCUGUUCAGUUUUUUUUUUUUUUGUAUGUCUACAUCCAUGUCAUAGCUUUUUACAUUCUUCUUUUCUUUUUGAUUUCAUUGAUUUAUUUCGACGUAUAUAUCUGAGGAUUUGAUCUGUAAAUGAAUGUCGGUAGGACAUGCUAAAUAUCUUUUGUAGCCUGUUAUCAAAUUUUGUUUUUAUUUAGACAGCCUAUGUGCAGUGACGUUUUGUGCACCUAAGAAAAAUAAAGGAGAGGCCAUAUGUUGUU